AGCAGUGUUUGGAUCACUCAUAGUGUUUUGAUUUUUUGAAUGUAAUUUACUAUCAAAUGAAUGAAUGAAUUAGACGGGAAUGAAGUAAAGUAAAUCUGAUAUUAAGGAGCUGUAUUAUCUGCAGAUGCAGCGGUCAUCAGGGCCGAAGAUGGAACAUGAGAAUGGAGAGAUGGAGAGAAGCAAGCGUAGGCUGAAAGUGUGCGUGGCAACAUGUAACCGAGCCGAUUACUCCAAACUGGCUCCCAUUAUGUUUGGCCUGAAGGCUCAUCCCGAACUGUUUGAGCUGGAUGUGGUGGUGCUCGGCUCACAUCUCAUCGACGAUUACGGUAAUACCUACCGAAUGAUCGAGCAGGACGAGUUCAACAUCAGCUCCAGACUGCACACCAUCGUACGAGGCGAGGACGAAGCUGCGAUGGUCGAAUCUCUCGGCCUGGCUCUGGUCAAGCUGCCUGAUGUUCUCCAUCGCCUGGCACCGCACAUCCUGCUGGUCCACGGCGACCGCUUCGACGCCCUGGCCGUAGCCACGUCUGCCGCGCUGAUGAACGUACGCAUCCUCCACAUAGAGGGCGGCGAGGUGAGCGGAACCAUCGACGACUCCAUCCGCCAUGCUAUCACCAAACUGGCACACUACCAUGCCGUGUGCACCCACGCAGCUCAGAGGCACCUGCUCGCCAUGUGUGAAGACCACAGUCGCAUCCUACUGGCCGGAUGCCCUUCCUACGACAGCCUGCUAAACGUGCAUAAGUGUGACGACUACACAGACAUCAUCAAGGCCUGGCUUGGUGACGGGGUGAAGGAACAUGACUACAUUGUGGCUUUGCAACAUCCUGUAACUACAGACAUUAAAAACUCUAUAAAGAUUUAUGAUCUGAUGCUGGACGCUCUUAUCUCCUUUAAUAAGAAAACUCUUAUUCUAUUUCCUAACGUCGAUGCUGGCAGUAAGGAGAUGGUGCGGGUGAUGAGGAAAAAGGGUAUCGAGCAGCACCAUAAUUUUCGGGCUGUUAAACACAUCCCCUUUAAUCAGUUCAUCCAGCUGGUGGCUCAUGCCGGCUGCAUGAUGGGAAACAGCAGCUGUGGAGUAAGAGAGGCUGGCGCAUUCGGGACGCCCGUCAUUAACCUGGGCUCGCGCCAAACAGGCCGUGAAACAGGUGAGAACGUGCUACACGUGAGAGAUGCAGAUGAACAGAAUAAGAUCCUACAUGCCCUGGAGCUGCAGUUCGGAAAACGAUACCCCUGUUCUAAGAUUUACGGUGAUGGUAACGCUGUGCAGCGGAUCCUGAAGUUCCUGCAGCAGAUUGAUCUGGAUGAGCCGGUGCAGAAGACGUUCAGUUUUCCGACAGUGAGAGAGGACAGUGGCUCUCAGGACAUCGACCACAUCCUGGAGACUCAGAGCGCACUGGCUAUCGACCUUGGUGGCACAAAUCUACGUGUUGGCAUUGUCACCAUGCAGGGGAAGAUCAAGAAGAAGUACAGCCAGCCCAACCCCAAAACCUACGAGGAGCGCAUGGAGCUCAUACUAAGCAUGUGCAAAAGGGCCAUGGUAGAUGCCGUUGACCUUAACUGCAGAAUUCUGGGAGUUGGGGUGAGUACAGGUGGCAGGGUGAACCCUCGUGAUGGGUUGAUAUUGGACUCCACUAAGCUGAUAAACGAGUGGAGCUGCAUCAAUCUGCGCUCGCCCAUCUCCAACGCCCUUCAUCUACCCGUCUGGGUCGAUAAUGAUGGAAACUGUGCUGCUCUCGCCGAGAAAAAGUUUGGCCACUGCAAAGGAGUAGAAAACUUUGUUACUGUGAUCACAGGAACUGGCAUCGGUGGCGGAAUAGUCCAGCACGGAGAGCUGAUUCAUGGCAGUACGUUCUGCGCUGCCGAGCUUGGACACAUCAUGGUGUCUCUGGACGGACCGGAGUGCUCGUGCGGAAGUCAUGGCUGCGUUGAGGCCUACGCAUCAGGAUUAGCGCUACAGAGAGAGGCAAAGAGACUGCAUGAUGAAGACUUGCUGCUGGUGGAAGGAAUGAGUGUGAAUAAUAAGGAACAAGUGAACGCAUCACACCUUAUCACUGCUGCUCGCCUUGGAAACAGUAAAGCAGAAGCAGUGCUCCGAACAGCUGGUACAUCCCUUGGUGUUGGCAUUGUGAACAUCCUCCACACAGUUAACCCGUCCCAUGUGAUCCUCUCUGGUAUUCUUGCUCAGCACUAUGAAAGUACUGUUAAAAACGUCAUCAGCCAGCGCGCCCUCUCUUCCACCAGAGAUGUAAAGGUUCUCGUCUCUGACCUAGACAGUCCUGCCCUGCUGGGAGCUGCCAGCAUGGUACUCGACUACACCACACGCCGCACCUACUGAGAUACCUGGAGCCAGUCGAAGGCCAUGUUUUUGAUCUCAAAGCUGUUCCCUUUUUUCUUUUUUAAUUUUGGCCUUUACCUGCCUUUACUAAAAUUCUGAGGGUGCGAGGUUCUCCGUUCAUAAAUAUGGAUUUUUUUCUUCUUAAAAAAAAAAACAGCUAAUCAGUGUUAGGCUAUGAAGCUCUGAGCAAUCAGACCAUGUAUGUAGGGUCCAGAAGGUCAAAAGCUCAUGGGCAAAUUCUCAAAAAACAUUUAGAAGGACGUCUAAUUGUUUCUUAGAGCUACCAGAGACUCUUGAUUAGCUACAAGGUUUUAAGUAUUAAUGUCUCUUUUCAAUUUUAUUAGCCCUACGUACUUAAGUACCUCUUUUUUUCUCUUUAUAAAGCAUGCUUUCUCUCAGACAUAAAACGUCACUACCCAUCCGUUUCAAGUCUUGAAGUGUCUACAUUUAAUUUAGGUCUGAAAAUGCCUCUCUUCAGUUCUUCAAGUCUUGAGGUGGCUCUCAUCCGGUUUGCCAAAUCUUUGGAGUGUUUAUCACAAUUGAUUCUAAGACUUAUGGCAAAUUAAACAAGAUGUUCACAAACCAGUCAUUUAGGCAAUAACAGUUAGGCAACAAUCAGGCAAUACUCUGAAUCAGUCAAAUUCCACACAUCAAGAAGGUUAAAUCGGAAGGCUUGUCUUUUUUUUUUUUUACAUGUAAUUCUGUUUUUUAUAUUCUAUACUUUUUCGCUUUUUUCAUUGUUUUCCUUUUUAAAUAUUUAUUUAGAAUUAAUUCAUUGUUAUUAGUUAUUUUUGGCUGGCCAUGUUGGUGCCUUUAAGAAGUAUUCGGGAUCAAAUCUUGUGAAUGGGAAUUUUUUUUUGUGUUAAUCCACUGUAGAAAUUCAUACGAUCAUAAUGGCAUAUGAAGGUGUUUGUUUAUGAAGGUGGAUUGCAAUUGGUGAGCAUGCACUAACUGAUGCUGUGUGCCAUGCUAUGUGAUACUGUAGGAAAAAGUCUUCAUAGUUAAUAUAAAUAUUAUAUAAAUCAAGGGCUUGCAAUAUUAAUUUUUUUAUAUUUAUAUAUAAUCCUAUACUUAUUACAGAUGGACAAUUUAAUUAUUAGCUUUAGUUUUUGUAGUAUCGUCUUCUGUUUUAAUGUGCCCUUGUCAAGCUCUUUUCUUCAUUGUUUAGUUUCCUUCGCCAUCUUACAGUCUUUUCCGUUACAUUAUGUAUUGAAGUGAAGUCUGUUGAAUGUCUAAUAAGCAAGGAAACUAGCUCAAACAUUACUAUCAGAAUUUAGCUGCAAAGCUUUAAUGAAGACUUUAAGGAGAAUGCAAUAAAAUAGUGUCAACUAGUAGGUCCUGGUUAACAAGAUUGUAUCUGAGUAGCCAAUUAAAAAGUUGAUUGAAACAUCACUAUUAACCUUUUUAUUCUUUUGUAUGAUUUAUUAAUUAGCAGAAAUUACAGACAUAAUUAUUUAAAAUUUAAUAUUGCCCAAUGUGAUAGCUUAUUAAAAGAUAAUUUGAUUUGAAAUUAUCUUACAUAGCCUAUAAAGGCCAAAUGUUCAAAGUCUUACAGACGAAUUCAACUCAAGAGCCUGUUAAUAGCAUGUUUACUGUUCUCAUUACCCAAUUUGUUCACACAACUUCACUUGUUGCUAGUAAACUAAGCUUUUUAACAGUGUUUCUAUACACUAUGUGUAGAAACCAGAAUGGCACAAAGCGUAUACAUUUCAUAGCAUAAUAGUUUUGUACAUUUUGUCAAAGUCUCACAUCACAAGUAAACAGAAGGGUGAGUGGUGAUGUUACAUUAAUUAGCUUCUAAUUUGCUGUUCUGUUGGUCAACUUGAGCCCUGCUCACAUCAGAUCAAAACCUGAUUGGUUGUCCUGUUUUGUCUGCAGUUUUCUAUCAUUGUUGGUAAUGUUCUGCUAUUGAAGUAAGACUGAAUGUGUCAUUUUUACCAAUAAAAUAAUAUGCUUUUAA